AUGCUUACAAUUUGGGAGUUUCCUUUCCUGAUAUUCUUAUGUGCAGGACAGAUCCUUGACGAUGACUCAGGGAAUUUAGCACAAGUCAGAGCUUUGUUGGAUGAAAUUCGAUCUGAGACUGACAAAAAGUUCGGACUGUUCUUUGUAAGUGCCGUUUUGUACGAUGAAAGUUUUCUGGACCAUCUUUAUAAAUUUGAUUAAACAUCUGCUUUCCAGGACCCAGAUUCGGUGUCGCGGUCCCUGUCACAAGUAACCUUUGACGACGGGACUGAAGCCACGGUGAAUCGACCGUUUCACCGAGAGUUAUUCGAAAAUGACAUUAUUUUAACGAUCCCUCAAGCUGAGGCAAUUCUUCAAGAAAUCAAAGAAUGUAAGUGCUCUCAAAAUAUACAAUUGUUCGUAUUUAGCCAACAGAACGAAUCGGAGAUCCCGUCAAGCCCAACCAGGGCUCGAUUCUUUCUGGAAAAACACAACUAUCCCCUACAAAUUCUAUUAUAACGAUAAAGAUUGGCAGAAUCUGAUUAGAAGUGCCCUAAGACAUAUUGAAUCUCAAACUUGUAUCAGAUUCGAGGAGAAUGGAGCUGGUAAAGAUCAUUUACUCUACAUUAGAGGGUCUGGAUGUUGGUCGAAUGUGGGCAGAGUCGGAGGAAGGCAACAGGUUUCAAUCGGCUAUGGAUGUGAUGCGGUAAGCUCAAAUUGGAGUUCCCAUUGGUCCUUGCUAACUUCGCUUUUUAGAUGGGAAUUGUCGCUCACGAAACUCUUCAUGCUCUUGCUCUAUGGCAUGAGCAAUCAAGGAGUGAUCGUGAUAAACAUGUCAGCAUUGACUUCACCAAGAUUUUUCCGGUAAGUUAGCAGCAUUGUUAGUCAUGCCAUUUCUCAGGGAACCCAAAGUAACUUUGAACGCCGAACCGACAGAAACAGUGACAAUAUGGGACAGCCCUACGACUUAGGAUCAGUUAUGCAUUAUGGAUCUAGAGCCUUCAGCACUAAUUAUGACAGGUAAUAACAUGCGCGGAGUACGUCGUAUUUUAAACUGUUUUAGCUAUACAAUCCUGACCAAAGAUCCGAACUAUCAGCAGACCCUUGGGCAGAGAGAAGGGAUCUCAUUCAAAGAUGCCAAGAUGAUUAAUCUGAGGUAUUGCCAAAACGUUUGUUCGAAAGAACUGAAGUGUCUGAAUAAAGGAUACACUGACCCAAACUACUGCUAUCGCUGUAGAUGUCCUGAUGGCUUUGGCGGACAGCUUUGUCAGACAGUGCCUAAUAGCAGUGAGUAUCAGAAUCUUGGCUUCAUAUUCCAUUCUAGACGUCCCAAAAUGUCAAGGAGGUGAGCUGAGGGCUUUCUCGACCUCCCGAGCCCUCAGAAGUCCAGAAGUGAUCGCCGGAGCCAAGUGUUAUUGGCGAAUUAAGGCCAAUAAAGGAGAACGAGUCCAAAUUAACUUUGACAAAUCCGUAUUCCCUUGUGAAACAUCUUGCUCAAGUUACGUAGAGCUCAAAUACAAGAAAGACAAGACGCCAACUGGCGCUAGAAUCUGCUGCGACACCCCGAGCAAUCCAAUCUAUUCUGAAAACGAGGAAGUUCUGAUCAUGUUCAUUGGUGCUUCGGAUGUGCAGACCGGCUACAGUGGGUUCGAGUUGAGCUAUAAGUCAAGUAAGUUAACGUAAUUAAAAUAGUAACUGCCCUUUAAUUUCAGUCCCUGGAAGUGGAGUAAGUUGCACAAGUUUCAAUCAAGUUUAUGACUAACCUAACAUAAUACGCACGACACUAAUCCAAUACGUUGCUGUGAAUCUAAUUUCUCACUGUCUAACACAUUUAGUUACGCAGUAGAUCGCACAUAACUACACCAAGACCACUGCUAUAUAUAACAACAGCCACGCCCAGAACAACACUAAGGCCGGCGAUUCGAAGAUGGACUUAUAGGCCGAGAGGGACUACUAGAAGAGCGAGAGUUACUGGUCGAACUAGAAGACCAAGACCGACAUAUGCGCCGGUUAGGCCAACAAGACGACCGGCUAUUACACGAAGGAUAACGUGGAGAACAACAACACGCCGGGGAAGACAGAGAAGCCACAGUUUUAUUCCAGAAUGGGUAAAGAAGGUAACAUUGCAGUGUAAAAUAACUAAGAAACACAAACAGCUAACGUUUGCACUGAAACUAACUUACUUAAAAGUAGUCCAAAUAAUAAUAGAUCAACCACUAUGACUUAAAUUAAUGUAAUCGCUAAAGAAAGAAGAGAGUUCUGAAGAACAAACCGAGGAGUGGACCAGACCAACCGAGACGACCAAGAGAACAAGAGCCACGACGACUCCUGGAUCAAGCACAUCAACAGAGGCGACCACCGAAGAAAUUACUACCACAACUGUUACUACUACAACAACAGUGGAUAGAACUAUAUACACUGGAGAAUGGAGUAAAUGGGCAGCAUGGAGUGGAUGCUCAGUGACUUGUGGAGGAUGUGGAAGGAGAAAGAGGCUGAGAGCGUGCUAUAAAGGGAACCGGAAAUGCCCGUAAGCUGAGAGGGAAAAAUAAGGUUGUUCUGAUUGAUUUUGGGGACAUAGAUGGGCUGUUUGAAGGUUAUUCUGAGGUAGAAAAAAGGAUAAGCUUGUUUGUUUCCAAGAAUCCAUAAAUUUCGGUCAUUUCCGAUCAAAACCACAACUUUCACACAAAAAAACAAAAAUGUCUGACAAAAAGAAUAUUUUUCUAAAUGUCAAAAAGUCCCAAAAAUUAUCGGUUCAACAGAUGGCAAAAUCGAUUGAUUUAUUUUCUGGUUUACUCAAAUUAGAUUAUACGUAUAUGUAUGUGUACAUACAACCAAAUCAAUUAUCUUUAUUCUUCCUUAUUUUCAGCGGCGAUCCCUUUGAAUACGAGGAGUGUGGAGAUGAGCCCUGCGGCCUGCAUACGAGAGCCCGGUCAUACCACAGAUGUGAGGGUCGAUUACUUCUUCCAUGUGAUUUGCUGGCUAAAUUGGACUUUGGAACCACGAGGUUACCUUUUACGCAAUCACAAGGUUCUAUUUUUUACAUUACAAACUUAAAGUUACUUUUUUACUGUAAACCAAAAAAGUUCAAAUUUUAGAGUAUGAUUUUGAACUUUCAGGCAUUUUUUACUUAAUGUGUUGUGCUUUUAGAGCCAGUAGCCCCUCCUCCACCUCCACCGCCUCCGGCUGAAGAGGUUUCUCAGAACUUUUAUCGAUCCAAGCGAAGCGUUUUGGGAGAAAUUUUAGGAAAAAACCCUGAAUUCAAUCAAAAUAAUGGGCAAAAUCUUGAAAUUCCAUUCCUCCCGAUGACCGAGAACAACAUCCGGAUCCUCCGUGAAAUCCAUCAAGAGCACGAUCGGAGGAAAAAGAGAUUCGUGGACGGAAAUAAACAGCUCGAACAGCUGGAUCUUCAUGUUUACUGCGAAAAGAAGUUCAGUUACAAUUGCCCGACCAAUUUGCUGACGAUCAGUGUUGAUUGGGCCAACGCUAAAGACAGUGUUGUCAGUCAGGAUACGCGAAGAUGUUGUAAGGGAUACACGUCGAGGGCAGGAAGAUGUCAAAAAGAUUAG